AUGGAGAGCAUAAUCACCAUUCCGUCCGUGUGGAACGGAAGUGUGAAGCCGUAUGGGUUCAAAUCCAAGAUCGAGCUACUCAACACUGGCAAGAGGGACCUGGUUGGGUGGGAGGUGAGGGUGGAGUUCCCUCGCAAUGAGCUCAUCACACAACCGUUCCCCGUUACCUUUAUGGACUUAGUGGGGUGGGAGGUGAGGGUGGAGUUCACUCGCAACGAGCUCAUCACUCUGCUGGGCAACGCUCAAGUGGAAUACGAACUGCCAUACCCUGUCAACGUGUGGUUUGACGCAACGAGCUCAUCACUCUGCUGCGCUCAAGUGGAAUACGAACUGCCGUACCCUGGUGAGGUGUCUCAUCCAGGUGAGAUGUCUCAUCCAGGUUCCGCGCUGCUCUUUUCCAGCAUUGACGACCAGAGCGACCGCCUCAUCACGGCGAUCCACGCGGGCGGCGACGUUCAGCAGUAUGUGGUGUUUGCGGAGGUGUUUGGCACGGAGUUUGGGGCGGCCACUGCAAACAAGGCGCUGCCUCGCACGCUCUACCUCACCACACCAGGCUUCAACUGUGCAUCCAACCGCCCUCAAUUCCCAUCUCCCAACCGGAUUCAGGUCUGCUGCAGGGAAACCCCCUACCCGCCUCCUCCUCCUCCUCGCCCCCCUCCCCGCCUCCCCCCAAUCACCCCCGCUUUAACGGUCCAGAUCGACGUGACAGCAGCGAGCGAUCUGGACCAUCAGAUGCUCGUCACGAUCAGCAACCUGCAACCCGACAGGCGCGUUGGACCCCCAAGGAACGACCCCUGGGCACUCAGUUGGCGAUGGACACAGAACGAGAUUGUGUGGGAAGCAUCCGGAGCACAGGCGACACAGCAGGGCAACUGCCAGCAGCAGUCCGCCUCCUCAGCUGUCUACGGAGCAGCCAUCGCCACCGCCCACUCGUGCUCGCCCCGACCCACCUUUGUGGAUCUGCCGGGAGGGGCGCAUGACAGUGAGAGUGGGCGGGACCUGGGUGCCUCUCUCGGCGUGCGCCUCUCCUGCUGCAAGAACGGCUCCAUUGGACUGCGCUCGUUUCCCUAUGGCGACCCUGCUCUAGCGCAGUAUCAGGGCAACACCUCUCUCGCUCAGUUCCGCCUCCGCAUAGGCCGCACGCGCCAGUUCAAGGCCAUCCCCUCCAUCGCCCCACCGCGCAACCUCUCCCUCGGCCUUCCAGGAAUAGUGUGCUCCGCUGGUGUUCGCAUCGACCCAUCACAGUUCCCGGUGAACCCCUCGCGCAACCUAUCAGCAGUCGCCACGUGGCGCUACGCCUGCUAUCGCGACCCCUCCUUCCCCCCUCCUCGCCCCGCCUGCUGUGUCUCCUUCUCAGCCGCUUUCAACACCACCGGCUCCCCCCAGGGCGCGUGGGGAAGCAUCUUUGGGCGCAGCAGCAGCACGGGCAGCGGCAGUGGCCAGUUCCAUGUGUCUCCCUGUAAAAGCUGCGCCUGUGGUUGCCCAGGGGAGGCUGUUUCUUCGUCUUCCUCCUCUUCCUCCUCUUCUUCCUCCUCUUCCUCCUCUUCUGCCUCUGCUGCUUCCCUGUCCGCAGUAUCCCCCACCUCUCCCUUCUCCCCUCCUUCGCUUUCAAGUCUCCUCCUCAGUGCUCCAUCUGCUGCUGAAAAUGGGACGGCGGGUAACAGCAGCAGCUAUCCCCACGUGGGGCUCCGUGAUUGGCCCAUGUGUGCUGCUCAUGAUACAAUCUUUGAUACCAUUGGUGGAAGGGGCGAUGUGGUCCCUUCCAAGAAGCUUCCCAGCUGGUACGGCGACGACCGGGAUUUUAUUUCUGCCCGGUGCCGCGACAGCUGCCCGAUCCACCUGCACUGGCAUGUGAUGGCCGUGUAUGAAGACGGAUUUGUUGCCAAGCUGAGCAUCAUCAACCGGGGCAACAACAGCGUGUCUGACUGGGUUGCUCUCAUCACCCUCCCUUCCAUCGCCAACACCUCUGCCAUCUACUCGUUCGGAUAUGCCAACGUGUCUGCGCUCAUCACCCUCCCUUCCAUCGCCAACACCUCUGCCAUCUACUCGUUCGGAUAUGCCAACGUGUCUGCGCUCAUCACCCUCCCUUCCAUCGCCAACACCUCUGCCAUCUACUCGUUCGGAUAUGCCAACGUGUCUGCGCUCAUCACCCUCCCUUCCAUCGCCAACACCUCUGCCAUCUACUCGUUCGGAUAUGCCAACGUGUCUGCGCUCAUCACCCUCCCUUCCAUCGCCAACACCUCUGCCAUCUACUCGUUCGGAUAUGCCAACGUGUCUGCGCUCAUCACCCUCCCUUCCAUCGCCAACACCUCUGCCAUCUACUCGUUCGGAUAUGCCAACGUGUCUGCGCUCAUCACCCUCCCUUCCAUCGCCAACACCUCUGCCAUCUACUCGUUCGGAUAUGCCAACGUGUCUGCGCUCAUCACCCUCCCUUCCAUCGCCAACACCUCUGCCAUCUACUCGUUCGGAUAUGCCAACGUGUCUGCGCUCAUCACCCUCCCUUCCAUCGCCAACACCUCUGCCAUCUACUCGUUCGGAUAUGCCAACGUGUCUGCGCUCAUCACCCUCCCUUCCAUCGCCAACACCUCUGCCAUCUACUCGUUCGGAUAUGCCAACGUGUCUGCGCUCAUCACCCUCCCUUCCAUCGCCAACACCUCUGCCAUCUACUCGUUCGGAUAUGCCAACGUGUCUGCGCUCAUCACCCUCCCUUCCAUCGCCAACACCUCUGCCAUCUACUCGUUCGGAUAUGCCAACGUGUCUGCGCUCAUCACCCUCCCUUCCAUCGCCAACACCUCUGCCAUCUACUCGUUCGGAUAUGCCAACGUGUCUGCGCUCAUCACCCUCCCUUCCAUCGCCAACACCUCUGCCAUCUACUCGUUCGGAUAUGCCAACGUGUCUGCGCUCAUCACCCUCCCUUCCAUCGCCAACACCUCUGCCAUCUACUCGUUCGGAUAUGCCAACGUGUCUGCGCUCAUCACCCUCCCUUCCAUCGCCAACACCUCUGCCAUCUACUCGUUCGGAUAUGCCAACGUGUCUGCGCUCAUCACCCUCCCUUCCAUCGCCAACACCUCUGCCAUCUACUCGUUCGGAUAUGCCAACGUGUCUGCGCUCAUCACCCUCCCUUCCAUCGCCAACACCUCUGCCAUCUACUCGUUCGGAUAUGCCAACGUGUCUGCGCUCAUCACCCUCCCUUCCAUCGCCAACACCUCUGCCAUCUACUCGUUCGGAUAUGCCAACGUGUCUGCGCUCAUCACCCUCCCUUCCAUCGCCAACACCUCUGCCAUCUACUCGUUCGGAUAUGCCAACGUGUCUGCGCUCAUCACCCUCCCUUCCAUCGCCAACACCUCUGCCAUCUACUCGUUCGGAUAUGCCAACGUGUCUGCGCUCAUCACCCUCCCUUCCAUCGCCAACACCUCUGCCAUCUACUCGUUCGGAUAUGCCAACGUGUCUGCGCUCAUCACCCUCCCUUCCAUCGCCAACACCUCUGCCAUCUACUCGUUCGGAUAUGCCAACGUGUCUGCGCUCAUCACCCUCCCUUCCAUCGCCAACACCUCUGCCAUCUACUCGUUCGGAUAUGCCAACGUGUCUGCGCUCAUCACCCUCCCUUCCAUCGCCAACACCUCUGCCAUCUACUCGUUCGGAUAUGCCAACGUGUCUGCGCUCAUCACCCUCCCUUCCAUCGCCAACACCUCUGCCAUCUACUCGUUCGGAUAUGCCAACGUGUCUGCGACCUCCCGCAUGCUCUACGGCUUCGCAGGCAGCAACAGCUGGCUUAUCCCCUCACGACACAUCUGUUCUGUCCCCCUUGCUUUGUCUCUCCACCUUCCAGCGACCUCCCGCAUGCUCUACGGCUUCGCAGGCAGCAACAGCUGGCUUAUCCCCUCACGACACAUCUGUUCUGUCCCCCUUGCUUUGUCUCUCCACCUUCCAGCGACCUCCCGCAUGCUCUACGGCUUCGCAGGCAGCAACAGCUGGCUUAUCCCCUCACGACACAUCUGUUCUGUCCCCCUUGCUUUGUCUCUCCACCUUCCAGCGACCUCCCGCAUGCUCUACGGCUUCGCAGGCAGCAACAGCUGGCUUAUCCCCUCACGACACAUCUGUUCUGUCCCCCUUGCUUUGUCUCUCCACCUUCCAGCGACCUCCCGCAUGCUCUACGGCUUCGCAGGCAGCAACAGCUGGCUUAUCCCCUCACGACACAUCUUUUCUGUCCCCCUUGCUUUGUCUCUCCACCUUCCAGCGACCUCCCGCAUGCUCUACGGCUUCGCAGGCAGCAACAGCUGGCUUAUCCCCUCACGACACAUCUUUUCUGUCCCCCUUGCUUUGUCUCUCCACCUUCCAGCGACCUCCCGCAUGCUCUACGGCUUCGCAGGCAGCAACAGCUGGCUUAUCCCCUCACGACACAUCUUUUCUGUCCCCCUUGCUUUGUCUCUCCACCUUCCAGCGACCUCCCGCAUGCUCUACGGCUUCGCAGGCAGCAACAGCUGGCUUAUCCCCUCACGACACAUCUUUUCUGUCCCCCUUGCUUUGUCUCUCCACCUUCCAGCGACCUCCCGCAUGCUCUACGGCUUCGCAGGCAGCAACAGCUGGCUUAUCCCCUCACGACACAUCUUUUCUGUCCCCCUUGCUUUGUCUCUCCACCUUCCAGCGACCUCCCGCAUGCUCUACGGCUUCGCAGGCAGCAACAGCUGGCUUAUCCCCUCACGACACAUCUUUUCUGUCCCCCUUGCUUUCGACCUCCCGCAUGCUCUACGGCUUCGCAGGCCGCAACAGCUGGCUGGAGGGAACACCGUCUCACCUCAAGGCACAUAUCUCCCCUUCCCCCAUUCCCCCUGCUUGGCCCCUCCCCAUUCCCCCUCCCCCCUUCCAGCCACGUCCCGCGUGCUAUACGGCUUCACAGGCAGCAACAGCUGGCUAGAGGGAACACCGUCUCCCCUCAAAGGAAAGAGCUUCGGCAACGUGCAGAGCGUUUUCAAGUUUGGUCUGCUCCCAGGGCUCAACCUUACUGAAGCUGAUGGGAAGCACUUCUUCCCGUCCCUCCUCUCCUUCGACGGCUAUCCCUGCUCCAUGCCGGACCACUUCCCACUCCUCCCUCCGCCUCAACUACCCGCCACAGCCAUCCCAACACGCUACAUUGCUGUGAUUGUCGCCGUGCUGCUUGCGGCUGUCCUCAUGUUUGGAGUGCGCUUCUAG